AUGAGCGUCCUUCAUCUGCUCCUUUUCUUGCUUCUUCAUGUCCUUCCCCUCGCAUCUCCGGCCGUCGACGUCGACCAGUUCACGUUCGAUGGCUUUGCCGGCGCGAACUUCUCGCUCGACGGCACGGCCACGGUCACCCCGGACGGCCUCCUCAUGCUCACCAACGGCACGACUCAGCUAAAAGGACACGCCUUCUACCCUCUCCCCGUGCGGUUCCACAAGGCCGCCAACGGCAACGCCUCCUCGCGCUCCUUCUCGACAGCCUUCGUGUUCGGCAUCGUCAGCGAGUACGACGACUUCAGCAGCCCCGGCCUGGCCUUCGUCGUCUCCAAGAGCAAAAACUUCUCCACGGCGCUCCAGAGCCAGUACAUGGGCCUGGCCAACGCGGCCAACAACGGCAACUCCAGCAACCACUUCCUGGCCGUCGAGCUCGACACCAUCGUCAACGCCGAGUUCGGGGACAUGAGCAACAACCACGUCGGGGUCGACGUCGACGGCCUCUCAUCCAUCGUCGCCGACAACGCGGGGUACUACGAGGACGGCACAGGCGCGUUCAUGAACAUGAGCCUGUUGAACCGCACGGCUACGCAGGUGUGGGUGGACUUCGACGCGCGCACCUCUCUCGUCAGCGUCACCAUGGCACCCCUUGAGCUGCCCAAGCCCAAGAAGCCUCUGCUCUCCGCCACCGUGAACCUCUCGUCGGUGAUCCAGGACAAAGCCUACGUUGGCUUCUCGUCAUCCACCGGCGUCGUGUCGAGCCGCCACUACGUGCUUGCCUGGAGCUUCAAGAUGGACGGUGGACAAGCCCCGCCGCUAAACAUAUAG